GCUGGCGAUUUGGCAGAUUAGUGAGGGAACGAGCAGAAAAGCGAACGGCCGUCUCUUCCCUUUUCCAGAGCGUGCUCGCGUUCCUGCUGGGGCUUUCGAGAAUCUCGAAGCAAUCUUGCAAGCCGUAUUUGAACUGGCCAAAGACAACUCCAGACCUGUAUAAUGUAACAGAAAAGGUCAGAAAACAUUAGGCAGUAGAAGUGUGAGCAUAUUAAGUAAGAUGAACGUCUUGGGAAGCAGUUGUGGAAGCCCUAGUUCUGCAGAUGUAUCUAAUGACUUUAAGGAUCUUUGGACAAAACUAAAGGAGUAUCAUGAUAAAGAAGUACAAGGUUUACAAGUGAAAGUAACCAAACUGAAAAAGGAACGAAUUUUAGAUGCACAGAGACUAGAAGAAUUCUUCACCAAAAAUCAACAGCUGAGAGAGCAACAGAAAGUCCUUCAUGAAACCAUUAAAGUUUUAGAAGAUCGAUUAAGAGCAGGAUUAUGUGAUCGCUGUGCAGUAACUGAAGAACAUAUGCGGAAGAAACAACAAGAAUUUGAAAAUAUUCGACAGCAGAAUCUUAAACUUAUCACAGAGCUUAUGAAUGAAAAGAAUACUCUACAGGAAGAAAAUAAAAAGCUUUCUGAACAGCUGCAGCAGAAAAUUGAGAAUGAUCAACCACAUCAAGCAACCGAUCUUGAAUCUGAGGAAGAUGUUAUUCCAGAUUCACCAAUAACAACCUUUUCAUUUUCUGGCACUAACCGACUACGAAGGAAGGAGAACCUCCACGUCCGAUACGUAGAACAAACACAUACUAAACUGGAGCACUCUGGGUGUGCACAUGAAUUGAGAAAAGUACCAAAGUCUUCAACUCAUCCACAACAUAAACAUAAUGAACGUGAAAUUCUAGUGGCUGACACUUGUGAUCAGAGUCAAGCUCCAGUGGCUAAUACACAUGGAAAAAGCAGUUAUCCUCCUGAUAAUUUAGCUACAGUUGUUGCUGAAACACUUGAACUUAGUGUUCAAGAUGAGUCUGAAUCUCGAGGUCCUGUGAGCCCUCUUGGUGAUGAGCUUUACCACUGUCUGGAAGGAGAUCACAAAAAACCUUUUGAGGAAUCUAGAAGAAAUAGUGAAGAUAGUUUAAGAUUUUCAGAUUCUAAUUCAAAGACUCCUCAAGAAGAAUUGACUACUCGGGUAUCAUCUCCUGUAUUUGGAGCUACCUCUAAUGUGAAAAGUAGUUUAGGUUUGAAUACAAGUUUGUCCCCUUCUCUUUUAGAGACUGGGAAAAAAACCCUUCUGAAAACAAAGCCUUUCGGCAACACUUCUAAUUCUAGAUCAGAGAAAGCUAGAUCAAAAUCUGAAGAUGAUGCCCCUUUCACACAUCAUAAUAUUGGGGCUGAAGUGAAGAAGAUCACUAACCAGUCAUCUUCUAAUAAGCAGAUGCUUAUAAAUAAAAAUACAAGUGAACAGGAUAGUACUGAUCACAUUAAAGAUACUGUUACUGAUAAACAUGUGAUACCCCUGAAAUCACUGGGAGGCCGAACCAAAAGGAAGAAAAUUGAGGAAGAAAGUGAAGAUGAAGUAAGCUGCCCCCAAGCCUCCUUUGAUAAAGAAAAUGCUUUUCCUUUUCCACCGGAUAGUCAUUCUUACAUGAAUGGAGACUAUGUGAUGGAUAAACCUCUGGAUCUGUCUGAUCGAUUUUCAGCUAUUCAGCAUCAAGAGAAAAGCCAAGGAAGUGAGAACUCUAAAAUCGGAUUUAGGCAAGUGACUUUCUAUGAGGUUUUGAAGCCUGUUCCAAAGGGCUCUUCCUCAAGCCGUAAGGCCUUGAGUGGGAGCUGUGGGUUAACCAGAGAUUCCCCAGAAGAGCCCAGCAGUUUACAGGAGUCCCUCCUCCAGUCCUUGAGUAAAUCUCCGGAUAAUAAAACACUGUUACAAAUAAAGGAAGAAAAUUCUAUCUUUAAAAUCCCUCUACGUCCACGUGAAAGUGUGGAGACAGAGAAUCUUUUUGAUGACAUGAAGGGUGCUGGUUCUCGUGAGCCUAUAAAAAUAAAAACCAGGUCAGUCCAUGGAGCAUGUGAACUUGCAUCAGUUCUUCAGUUAAAUCCAUGUAGAACUGCUAAAACAAAGUCUCUACAAAACAACCAAGAUGUAUCCUUUGAAAACAUCCAGUGGAGUAUAGAUCCAGGAGCAGACCUUUCUCAGUAUAAAAUGGAUAUCACUGUAGUAGAUACAAAGGAUGGCAGUCAGUCAAGAUUAGCAGGAGGAGAGACAGUGGACAUGGACUGUACAUUGGUUAGUGAAACUAUGCUUUUAAAAAUGAAGAAUCAAGAGCAGAAGGGAGAAAAAAGUCCAAAUGGAGAAAGAAAAAUGAAUGAUAGCUUGGAAGAUAUCUUUGAUCGGACUACACAUGAAGAAUAUGAAUCCUGUUUGGUGGAUAGCUUCCCUCAAAUAGCAGAUGAAGAGGAGUUGUCAACUGCUACGAAAAAACCAAACUCUCCUGGUGAUAAACAAGAUAAAGUCAAACAGAAAGCAUUUGUGGAGCCAUAUUUUAAAGAUGAUGAAAGAGAGACUAGCUUACAAAAUUUUCCUCAUAUUGAGGUGGUCCGGAAAAAAGAAGAAAGAAGAAAAUUGCUUGGACACACAUGUAAGGAAUGUGAAAUUUUUUAUUAUCAGUAUUAUGCAGAUUUUCCAGCAGAAGAAAGAGAAAAGAAGUUGGCUUCCUGCUCAAGACACCGAUUUCGCUACAUUCCACCCAACACACCAGAGAAUUUCUGGGAAGUUGGUUUUCCUUCCACUCAGACUUGUAUGGAAAGAGGUUACAUUAAAGAAGAUCUUGAUCCUUGUCCUCGUCCAAAAAGACGGCAGCCUUACAAUGCAAUAUUUUCUCCAAAAGGCAAAGAGCAGAAGACAUAAAUGUUGAAGCAAAAACAGGAGGGAUGACAAUAUUCUUUUUAUUUAUAGUUAAAGUUGGUAUUAAACAUUGAUUUUUUUUGAUCUUCUGAAAACUGAUUUAUAAAUCAUUUUUCUAUUGAAAAUGUUUUGAAAUAGCAUUUACCCAUCACACAGAUGACUAUUUAAAAAUGGAUAAGUUUAUGUCAUAUUUUCUUGCUUUUGCACCUUUAAA